AUGUCUACAGAAAAUAACAACUUUGAAAAGCCCCCACCUUUUAUAAUUAAUGGAAAUAAUAAAGUUUGUGAUGAAAAUAUUGAGGAAAAAAAUUUAGAAAAAUCUAAAAAGAAGACUGGAUUGGGGUGGUUUGUUGCUUGUUUGUUUGUGGUAAGCGAUAUGGCUGGAGGUGGAUUGGUUGCUUUGCCUACAGCAAUGAUACAAGCUGGUUUUUGGACGGGCAUUUUACUUUCAUUUUUGAUGACUUUAAUAUUUAUGUUUACAUCAAAAGCUUUGGGAAGGAAUUGGGUUAUUUUAAGAAGGAGGUGGCCUGUAUAUCAAAAACAUUGUAGACAGCCUUAUCCAGAAAUUGGAAGAAGAGCUAUGGGGAAAUGGAUGGGAAAUGUUGUCUCUAUUUGCGUUGACAUUAAUCAAUUCGGGACAACAGUUGUUUACCUCCUUCUCUCAGCAAAAAAUAUUCACGAUACUUUAAAAUCACUUUUCGAUGCAAAUAUAAGUUUUUGUGUUUUGCUUGUAAUUUUGGCUAUUUGUUUGCUUCCAAUUACUUUUUUGAAUUCUCCACAAGAUUUUUGGUUAGCUGCUGUAGUUGCUGUUACAACAACAUCUUUGGCAGUUAUCUUAAUUUGUAUCGGUUCUCUACUCGAUUUUGGAGAAUGCCGACAACACCAUUCAAUUCCUGAAUUUCAAAUUACAAAUUUUUUCUUGGCUGUAGGAACUCUUUUAUUUGCCUAUGGAGGACAUCCAGCAUUUCCAACAAUUCAAAAUGAUAUGAGAAAACCUGAAGAUUUUGAAAAAUCUUCUUUGUUGUCUUUUUCUAUUCUCUUCUGUAUGUAUACCCCAGUCUGUAUUAUUGGCUAUAUGACAUAUGGAAAUAGUCUUCGAGAAUCUGUUAUUAAUUCUUUACAACAUGUUUGGAUACAACAAAUUGUUAAUUUAAUGAUAACUUUACAUUUAAUAUUUACAAUAAUUAUUGUAAAUAAUCCUUUAAAUCAAAAAGUUGAAGAAGUUUUUAAUAUUCCACACGAUUUUGGUUGGAAAAGGGUUGUUGUGAGGACUGGAAUGAUGAUUUUAGUUUUGUUUGUUGCUGAAACUGUUCCUUCUUUUGGGCCUUUACUUGAUUUAAUGGGUAAAUUAAUUAGGUAUUUAUCCGUUUUUCCCCCCACAUUCUCUUCUGGUUAA